UCAUGACAACGCGGGGUGAUUGACGUGACGCACCGCCAGGUGAGCGCUUGAGUGGAGACAGGUGAGUGACGCAAGGCCCAGCCAGGUACCAGGAGCUCUUCCAGGCUUAGCUUUAAAUGGAUCUGGAAGUUAAGGGCAUUGGCACAGCAUCAAGGAACGUAAAAAGACAGAAAUCUGCACAGGGCUGGAGGAUAUGUUCCAGUGAUGCUUAUGGGCCUCGUCCUGAUGACGUGCCCGCAUUAGACUUGAGGAGACUUGGUGAUUCAGAUGGUGAGAAUGAUUUAUCCUACACACCUGUUAUGAAAGAACAGUCUCGCCUAGCGUCUCCGGAUUCUACCUCGACUGUUAGCUGGGGUACACCCUUCCCAGCUCCAUCUUCCCGUCGCCGGACCUACUGUCAGCCGUGUCUGGUAGAAGAGCUGACCAUACCUGAGACUUUGCCUGCGCCUUCGGAGAGGUACAAGCUGAAGUACCAGCAGUAUGAGGAGGAGAUGAAGAUGAGUUACAAGCAACACAGCCAGCGAAUAACACAGAAGAGCAAAGCAAACUCUUUGCAUCAGCAGCCUCCACCAGCCAAUCUCCAGAUGCAGGAAUCUCCAGUUGAUGAAGUGAGUCCCGAGGGCCUGACUUCCCUUGAUGAGAAAGCAAUUCAACAGCAAUGUUACACCAGCAAACCGUACACCGCGGAGCAAAGCAGGAAGAGGUCGGAAGCCGAGGAUCUUGCUGCGCAGAAGAAAAAACAGGCAGUGGUAGAGCAAGUGUUGGUGGAUCAGCUUUCUAGGGCAGUCAUCAGUGACCCUGGACAAGAUGCAAGCACCACUGAUCUGAGUCAGCAGCAAACCUCGCUUCCUGGUCUUGGCUCUGCACCCCUGCGCUUUAGAAAUAGAAAACUACACCAAACCAAGGUAAAGACAAGUUCAACGUUGACAGAAAAUCUGCUGUCAAACAAGCUGCGCUUUGAUGCCCGGAUUAUUUCAAGGAAUGGACGGGAUGCGUGCAGAGAGCUAAUCGGUUUUUUCUUUGCUUUCGAUAAGUCUCUAACGGUAUACGAAUACCGCCAGUUUGGAAAAAACAGAACGAAAGCACUUCCGUUCAUUCAAAGGGGCAUUUACUGCCAUCAGUAUGGGAGGAGAAAGAGAAGGCAAUAUGAUGUUGGAGAUUUCCAUGUGGGUGCGAACCUGACCUUUCUGACCGCACAACAUGUUGGUCUCCCAACAAGUGUCCAAGAGAAACCGUUAUUAACUUUACGAAUCAUUGGCAUUGAUGAAAUGGCAAAGCACUCAUUGCUAACCAGCAGUAAUCCAGCUUUGAGUAAGCAGGAGAUCGAUGACAGAAAUAUCGUUAUGUCUGUGCAAGGACUGCUGAAAGAGAAGCUCAAGAAGAGAGGAGUUCUCACCAUGACAGGUUUGGUGAGAUUUUUUCACCAGCGUGAUCAGUGUGGAGGUGGUGUGCUGCAGAAGAUGGAAUUAAGACAAGGUCUGAAGGAGUUCCACUUGGAGCUGUCCAAUAAGGAUUUUGAGUCUAUAUGGCUUGUACUGGACCAGGAUGGUGAUGGUGAAGCAGAUUAUUACCAGUUUAUUCGAGUUGUCAUUGGAGAAAUGAACGAAUUUCGUAAAGCGUUCGUCAGGAAAGCCUAUAUGAAGCUUGAUCCAAAUAAGACUGGUAGCAGUUCUGUGAAUGACAUUAGCAAGUUCUACAGUGGAAGGAAACAUCCCAAAGUCUUAUCAGGAGAAUGUUCAGAGCAGCAAGUCCGAGCAGCAUUCAUGGACACGUUAAAGGAGAGCUGCGUCAGCUCCGACGAAGUCACUUACUGUGAAUUUGAAACUUACUACGAGGGACUCAGCCUUGGAAUUGCAAACGAUGAAGAUUUUGCCAAUGUGAUAAGGAAUUGCUGGGCGGUGUGAGAUGGGAGGACAUGCAAGGCAAAACUGGAAUGACCUUUAUUCCUGUGCAAGGUAGUUUACGUUGAUGUGCCUUUUAUAAAAUGUGUUAACGUUGAUCGCAGUAAAGAAUGCCAUGUAAUAUUAUGAAGUGCUUUUGGAUUUUCACACAGUUGAGCUGUAGAUCUAAUGCUUUUUAUGACAGUUUACUUUGUGCGAGGUCAACAUCCAGAGUAAAUUUUCCUGGUGUAGGAAAACCAGACUGGCUGGGAACCUGUGUGAAGAAGGAAUCCCUCCCAAUUCUCUGUCCCUUAGAAAAAACCAUGCGCCAUCUCUUACUGUUGUGACCUUCUCCCUGCUUGGUGAUCAUGUUUUCAUUGCAGGUGAAGGGCCAUUGAAAUAUGCUCUAAAUUCUAACAACAUAUUAGUGCAAAUGUUUGAUGUUUCACAAGCUGACUAGCUGAUUUUGCAAGUGUACUUUUAUUUGGAACACUUAGGAUCGAACGAGGAAAUUUAAUCAUUUUGAAGCCACCAUACCCUAAAUUUUGAAUGUUUAAAAUUCCAGGGAUUUUAUGUAUCAACUACGACAUCCCAGAACUGAGCUGUUCCUGGUGUUUCUAACACUAUUCAUGUAGUCAAUUAUAAGCUCUUAUUGCAAUUAAUACAACACUUCAGAAGUACUUAAUUGGCUGCAAAGUGGUUGGGGACAUCCUGAGAUUGUAAAAGGUGCUAUAUAAAUGCAAAUCUUUUUUCAUAUUAAUAAGUUUAAGUACAGAGUAUGUAUCAGAAUCUCUCGAUGUAUUUUCAAUGUCACAUUGACUGGUGAUUGGGAUCCUUCCAUCUGCGAGGGAUGAUGGGAAUGCAACUUAGAAAUUGGGCAAGGUCAGAUUUGAUCAUGUGCUGCACUCCUUUUGAUGGCUGAAUAAGCUGAUUUGGGAAAGAUAAAGCCUGCCACAAGUGCCGCACCUGAAGUAGUCUCUUUCUGGCGGUGCACAUCGACUAAACGCGGAGUUGCUUGUUUACCUGGAGCCUGAGGUUUCUGAAUAUUGAGCUAUGCAUAUGGUACCCUAUUUGGGUAAUAAUGGCAGAUUGGUACAAGGUUAUUUUUCCAUGACAUGUAUCAGUGAUUCAUAGAAAUAUAUAGCAUUUUACAACACAAACAGACCAAAUGGUCUGUGCCUGUAGUUGUGCUCAACACAAGCCUUCUCCCAGCUCUCUUCAUUUAACCCCAUCAGCAUAUUCCUCUACUCCUUUCUCCCUUGUGUGUUUCCUAGUUACGCCUUAAAUGCAUCUAUGCCAUUUGCCAUCAACUAUUCUGGGUGGUAGCGAGUUUCACAUUCUCCCCACUCUCUGGGAAAGGAGGUUUAAUCUGAAUUCCCAACUGGAUUAUUUUAAAAUUUUCAUUCAUGGGAUGUGGGUGUUGCUGGCUAGGCCAGCAUUUAUUACCCCUCCCUAAUUGCCCUUGUUCAGAGGGCAUUUUUAAGAGUGAACCACAUUGCUGUGGGUCUGGAGUGACAUGUAGACCAGACUAGGUAAGGACACAGAUUACCUUUCCCUAAAGGACAUUAAUGAACCAGAUGGGAUUUCUUGGUGACUAUCUUAUAUGGCCUGUAGCUUUGCUCUUCCCACUUAAUUUUCCGUUAAAGUGGAUAAUGGUGGACUAUUGUAUAGAACUCUGCCUAGCAGUGCCCCAGCUCCUCAACCCUGCUAACACCAUGAAAAAUAUACAGGGAUAACUUCACCCUUGAGGGUCCUAGUGAGAGUUGUUACUAAUAAAUUAAAGUACUUCUUUCCAUUUAAAUAUUGUAAAAUUUGCUGUGAAAAUAGAUGAUUAAACAUGUUGUGACAGAGUUCCAAUAUAAUAUUUGACAUUAAUUAUUUGUCAACUUGGGCUACAUUGUAUUUUGAUUAGUCAUUAUUUCCUUUGACUUUAUUGGUGUAAUUAUUAAAUUGUUUCCUAGUUACGCCUUAAAUGCGUACAUUAUAACUAAAUAAAUUGUUGAAUGCAA